AUGACACUAGUUUGUUGUUACGAUUCGGCUCGAAGGACCAAAAAAUGUAAGCGCCCAACACAAUGGGCUAUCGAAGGACCACUCGGAGAAUGUCCGAGAACAAUAAGAGCCAAAAAACGGUCAACCCUAAAUCACAACGCCGACUUAGUGGCGGCAAAAUGUUUGGCGCGAACACCAAUUUAUACCAGUGUAAAAAGUUCGGAAUACAGAAAACGUAUGAAGUUAAUGCCAACGUUACCUAAAAAGCUGUCUGAAUUAGAUAUUGAAGGUGAUUGGCGAACAACGAAUGAUGGAAAAGAUUUUCUAUUAGGAUGUGAUGGUACGGAUAAUAAAAUCGUUUUAUUUGGUACCGAAGGAUUUUUACGACGUCUUUGUUCUGGUAAUACAGUUUUUAUGGAUGGCAUAUUUAAGUCAGCACCAAAAUUAUUUACACAAAUGUAUACCUUACACUGCUUUGUUAUAGGAGUGAUAAUACCUCUAGCUUACGCAUUGUUGCCCAAUAAAAGUACAUUGACAUAUUCGAGAAUGUUUAAAAUAAUAAAAGAAGCGGCACUAAGAAAUGGAUUAGAGUUUAAACCUGCUUGUUUCCAAAUAGAUUUUGAAAUUGGAAUGAUCGUCUCCAUUCGGCAGUGCUUUGGUUCUGAUACACCCAUAAAAGGGUGUUUAUUUCACUUUGGGCCAAAUAUUUUUAUUUUAAUCAAAGAGCUAAAAAUCCAACAAACAAACUUCUAGCUUGACCUAAUAG